AUGGGAAACUCGAUAAGUCACAUCUCUGGUCGACAAUCUGGCAUGAACGUUAGCACUAGUCCGCAGGAUACUGCGCAAUCCUCGAAGCGUAACAUUGAGUUUGAUGAUUCGGCAUCCCCUCGAAAGCGACGUCUCCUGGAAUCCUAUUCCACGGGUGAUCCACCAGCCAAGUGUUUGUACAGGGAGGCGUCUGACGUUUUCUUGAAGCGCAAAGCGGAUAUCAACUCGAUCCCUUCUCAAUGA